UGAAAUGCAUCUAAUCAUAUCCCAAGCAACGUUCUGCGCCUGCUUUUUAAUUGUGACAAUCAAAACAAAUACCAUAGCCACCGUCCCAAAUAGCCCAAAAUUCUCCAAAGCCGAUAAAGCCACCACCUUGCUUCCCUCUCACCAACCAUUUUCAUCUUUUUAUCACCCUUAAAAAUACUAGAUAGCUAAAACAGAAGGUUCAUACAUAUGGAAGGUAUUGUGGUUAGAAGGGUAAUUCCCUCAGACAAUAGUUGCCUCUUCAAUGCUGUUGGCUAUGUCAUGGACCAUGACAAACAGAAAGCUUCUGAAUUGAGACAGGUUAUAGCUGCAACAGUGGCAAGUGAUCCAACAAAAUACUCCGAAGCAUUUCUUGGCAAGCCCAAUGGAGAGUACUGUGCAUGGAUUCUGGACCCAGAGAAGUGGGGAGGAGCUAUUGAGCUAUCAAUAUUAGCUGAUUAUUAUGGACGUGAAAUUGCGGCAUAUGAUAUCCAGACAACUCGAUGUGAUUUGUAUGGACAGGAAAAGAAGUAUUCGGAGAGGGUUAUGCUGAUCUACGAUGGGCUGCAUUAUGAUGCUUUAGCUAUGUCUCCCUUUGAAGGAGCUCCAGAGGAAUUUGAUCAAACUAUAUUUUCUGUACAAAAGGACAGGACCAUAGGACCAGUUGAGGGGCUUGCUCUUAAUUUUGUGAAGGAUCAACAGAGGAAAAGGAGUUACACAGACACUGCAAACUUUACCUUGCGCUGUGGAGUAUGCCAAAUUGGAGUAGUUGGCCAGAAGGAGGCUGCCGAGCAUGCACAAGCAACAGGCCAUGUCAACUUCCAAGAAUACAGAUAACAAAACCAGAAUAUAGACCCGAUUGCAUUGCAGUGAGCUUGCUUACACCAGGCGGCUUAUUGGUUGUUGUAUUUUAUGAUUCACCAUAAUUUGGCUUAUUUAAAGACCCUAUAAUGUGGUUAGGCUAUUUACCUCUGGAACUGUCAAAUAGAAUGUAACAAUGAGAUUCAGCCAAAAACGAAUGUAACAAUAGGAUUUCUUUUCUUGAAAUAUAUAUUUAUAUAUA